CAAACCUUCAUAUCGUACAGAUAUAAUUUGAAUUUAAAAAUUCCUUGCAGUGAAGGAUCAGUUUUCUCGUUCAUUAUAAUAUAUAUAUAGUUUUACAAUUUUUUUUUAAAAAUAAGUGUCAAUUUUAAGUGAAAAUAAACUGUUAUAAACGCGUAGUGGACAAUAUAUUAUUUAAAAAAUUAAAUAAAAAUGUCAGAAAAAAAUGAAAUAAUAAAAAAACAAGAAUUCAAAUGGGCCUCUGUCCUCUGGUAUAUUCAUCUUCAGGUUCUUGGAGUUUAUGGAUUCUAUGUUCUUAUUACACAAGCACAAUGGUUGACUGUAAUAUACGCCAUUUUUAUUAUGAGCCUCGCUGGAUUGGGAAUAACAGCCGGAGCUCACAGAUUUUGGGCUCAUGAGUCUUUUGAAGCUUCCGGAGCAGUCAGACUUUUUUUAAUGUUAUGUCACACGCUUGCUGGUGUGGGUCCUAUUUAUGAUUGGGUAUUAUCACAUAGGAUACAUCAUAAAUUUUAUGGAACAGAAAAUGAUCCUUACAAUCAUAACAAUGGAUUUUUGUACAGCCACGUAUUUAGUAAUUUAAUGACAGAUACUCCUGAACGAAAAAAAGUUGAAAAAGACAUAGAUAUGCGAAUUAUUGAAGUUGAUGGAUAUGUUUGGCUCCAAAAAAGACUCUACUGGAUAUUGUUUCCAAUUUUGGGCCUUCUACUGCCAAUGAAUGCACCGGCUGAAUAUUGGGGUGAAUCGAUAAUGAAUUCUAUUUUUAUUCUUGGCUUUCUACGAUUGGCUGUUUCCAAUCAAAUAUCAUGUUUGGUGAACAGUGCCAUGCUCAUCUGGGGACUCAAACCAGGAGACAAAUUUCCAGUUGAUGACAAUUCGAUAUUUAUAAUUAACAAAUCAUACUGGCCAAAUUAUCACUACCUGUUGCCUUGGGAUUGGAAAACAGGUGAAUUUGGAGGUUAUGACAAAGGAUGGACGUCAUUUAUUAUCAGAAUGUGGGAACCUAUGGGAGUCAUAACAGCAUUAAAAACAAUAACAUGCAAAGCUGUUCGCGAUAUAUUGUAUAUAGCUGCUGAUAAAAAGAAGUCACCUUCUGAUUGUUGGGAGACAUUAAAAACAAUUGCAGAUGAUGAAGCACGGAAAGCGGCAUUGCGUUAUCAUCAUUAAAAAAAAAAAAUUAUAAUCAUUUACAAGAAUACCAAGAGAUUAAAAGAUAUUUUAUUUGUAUUAAUAGGAAUAUUUAAUACACACCACAUUUCUUGAAUAUAAUAUUUAACUGAUUCUUAAGGCCAGGUCCAAGUCGAGUCAGCUGUUCCUUUGAAGUUUCAAUGGAACGGCUGACACGACUUGGACCUGGCCUUAAGGAGGUUCAACCCAUUAACAUAACCUCAAACUAAAAAGUAGUUUUUAACAGAACUAGAAAUAUAUUUAAAAUUUAUUACACCCAUAUUCG